GUCGCUGAUUGGUUCGAUUUGGUCGUGCAAUUGUCGUGUGCAUAUUACGGGUCGAUUCCACGGAGACGUCCAGCUCCAGUGGCGAAUCCAUCGCACGACUGCCAUGAGAGUUUGGUCGCUUGCUGCCGUCGCCAUGUGCGCGGUCCUGCUUGACGGUGGAGUUAUCGCCGAGACCCAUCUUCGCACAACGAACGACCUCGAUCCAAUCCGUUGGGCCGAACACGUUGUUCGUCGAGGCGACGACGACGUGGAUGCUGAUCGUCGCCUCAACUAUGGCCAAACGAAGUCCAAAGUGCAGAUUCGAAAGGACAAACAGAUCGCCCGCAAGAAGGCCAAGGCUGCCAGGCAAGCCAAGGCAAAGAAAGCGAAAGCCGCCAAACAAGCCAAGGCAAUGGAAGCGAAAGCUGCCAAACAAGCCAAGGCAAAGAAAGCAAAAGCUGCCAAACAAGCCAAGGCUCUGGAGGCCAAGAAAAAGAAACUCCGACGUGUAAAGACGAAGAAACCCACAAGGAACGAGAUGAAGCAUAUUAAACCCGCUACAUCGAAGAAAGCGAAAAAGGCCGCCAACCGCGAACGCGCCGUCGGAGUCGUCGCCCGCUCCAACACCGCCGGGUUGACCACCACCGCAGCCCCCACGACGGCGCCUAAGAGCCCCGCGUCGCUUGCUGCCACCUCUCUGGUUGUCGCAGCAUGUGCCAUCGUCGCCAUGCUGGUGUAGUAGUCAGCAUCGAGUGGUCCACAUCGUCAGCCCAAAUUUCACGUUCUCCACGCCUCCGCCCAUCGUCUUCCCAGCGUGCCGCCAUGAUCAUGCAUCGAUUGAAUAAGAUUUGGAGUUAAUACGCGACAAAAAUAUUUCCAACAUCCAGCUUGAG